CUAAAGCAACCAAAAGAAAGAAGAAGCAAAAGCUGACGUACUCGGGGAAAAGAUUAGAAAUAAUAAAGAAAUUAUUUAAUAUUUAUUGGGUACAACGUAAUAGCUAUAAUGUAACAUUGUGUACUAUCAAACGCGUUAGUCUUUAAUUUCGUAUUAAGCCUCUAUACAUUCGAUUUAUAUCCCUAAAGUAUGUUGGAAAAUUGUUGCUCGUGUGCAUAGAAAACAAAACUCUAUAGAUUUCGAAAAGAGCACGAUUGUGAGCAUACGUGCAAAAAACUACAACGUUCAAAUUGCAAUAGUUAAUUGUUGUAAAAUUCAUAUGCAGUUAAAUCUUAAGUGCAACAACAGACACGUUAACAGCUGGCAAAUAAAAGGAAAACGAAACGAUAAAUACAAACGGCUGAAAACGCCACUCUUCCACAGUCUUCAACAAUAGUCAACAGCAGCAUAGCCAGCAACAGCUGUGUGUGUGUGUGAGCGUGUGUGAUAGGUGCAAGUGUGUGUGUGUGUGUUGUUGCUGUUGUAGAUUGUCGCAUUUUGGGUGUUUGUCGGACGUAACAAAAUAUUGAGCCGUCGAGCAAAACACAUGAUGUGGUCGUUCUUCUCGCGCGACUCCUCCAAAGAUUUUCCAUAUGAUAUUGGCGAACCCGUUGCUGGCUUUGACAACUAUUCCAUAUGGACACUGCACAAGGCCAAGCGCAAGGGCACCCUCGAGGAAGUCUCUGUCUUUGUAUACGACGUACGCAGCGGCUCCGACACGAAAUGUGAGCUUGCCAAGGCGUCAUUGAAGCGCCUGAAGACGUUGCGUCACCCGAGCAUAUUGCAAUAUCUGGACUCCCUGGAAACCGAUAAAAUGCUAUAUGUGGCCACCGAAUCUGUGGAACCCCUAGGCACAUUUUUUACCAAGCUGGCCACAGACAAUGUACAGAAGGGCCUGUAUUUGGCCUGGGGCAUCUUCCAGAUAACGCGUGCACUCUCCUUUUUGAACAACGAUGGCAACUUGCGACACAACAAUGUCUCGUCAUGGUCAGUAUUUGUUAAUGCAUCCGGCGAGUGGAAGCUGGGCAGCUUGGAGUACGUUGCCGCCGCUGAUGGCAAUCCCAUGCCGCCAGUGAAGAUUCCCGUCACUCUGGAAGUGUACGAUUCGCCGGAGAAAAAUGAUCAGAGCAAGCUUAAAGCAGCCACCAAAUGUUCCGUGGACAUGUGGGGAUUGGGCUGUCUCGUUUGGGAGGCCUUCAAUGGUGUGUUGAAGCAACGCUCCAAUCUUAAGGAUAUCGAACACAUACCCAAGUCGCUGCAGUCUCUUUAUUGCGAGCUGGUUGGCGCAUCGCCUUCUAAUCGACCAAAUCCGGCGGAUAUCAUUACGCGCUGUCGCAAGCCUGGCGGUUUCUUUAAGAAUGAUUUAGUGGACACGUUGCUUUUCCUCGAGGAAAUCCAAAUCAAAGACAAGGCGGAGAAGAAUCGCUUCUUCAGUGGCCUGACCACACAUUUAGAGAACUUUCCGGAUAAUGUUUGCAAACACAAAAUACUUCCACAGCUGAUAACUGCGUAUGAGUACGGUGACGCGGGAUCCGCGGUGCUGGCACCCAUGUUCAAGCUGGGCAAACUAUUGGAUGAGGUGGAUUACCAGAAGCGCAUUGUGCCGUGUGUUGUGAAGCUGUUUGCCUCAACAGAUCGUGUUACAAGAUCACGUCUGCUGCAGCAAUUGGAUUUGUUCGUUGCCCAUCUGCAGCCACCAGUGGUCAAUGAACAGAUAUUUCCACAAGUUGCGCAUGGCUUCCUGGACACAAAUGCCACCAUUCGUGAGCAGACGGUCAAGUCGAUCAUUCAUUUGGCUCCCAAGCUUAACUACAAUAAUCUGAAUGUGGAAGUGUUGCGACAUUUUGCGCGAUUGCAGGCGCGUGAUGAUCAAGGUGGCAUUCGCACCAAUACUACAGUUUGCCUGGGCAAGAUUGCACCACAUCUGCAUCCGCAGGUGCGCCAACGCGUACUCGUCUCUGCGUUCAUACGUGCCAUGCGUGAUCCCUUUCCGCCGGCAAGAGUUGCUGGCGUUCUGGCCCUGGCAGCCACACAGCAAUACUUUCUGCUUAGUGAGGUGGCCAAUCGUGUCUUACCAUCGUUGUGUUCGCUGACUGUUGACCCGGAGAAAACAGUGCGCGAGCCAGCCUUUAAAACAAUACGCGGCUUUCUUGGCAAACUCGAGAAGGUCUCCGAAGAUCCAAGUCUACGUGAGACAAUGGAAGCGGAUGUACAUACCGCAACGCCUUCAAUUGGAAAUGCGGCUGCCACCUGGGCGGGUUGGGCAGUAACUGCCGUAACGGCCAAGUUCUAUCGCAGUCAAAGCGAUUCAUCCAGACCAAGACCGCCAUUAACAGGCCGUAAUCUCUCAAAGCCAGCGUCACUGGAGCAACCCUCGAGCAGCAGCCUAUCGACCACUACGAGUAGCGUCACCUCGAUGACGUCGUUGGAGCACGAAAGUAAUGAUACAUCCGCCUCAGCCUCUGACUACGGCAAUAACGAUUGGGAUAAUGAAAACUGGGGAGAAAUGGAUACCUCCCAGGAUCCGAGCAGUCCACUGGCAGCAAGCUCCAACAAUGGCCAACUGGUCGCGGCCAAUGCCUUAAACGAAGUACGCGAUGGCUGGGACAAUGAGGAGUGGGGCAGCCUGGAAGAGGAUCCGGGCGAGGAGGAAGAGCAAGCGGAGCAGGAACAGCAACAGCAACGGAUGGCCAGACAAUCGAUAUCUUCAACAACAUCAUCGAGUCAGCAACAACAGCGACCACUGCUGCCGCAUCAGCACCAGCAGCAGCUGCAACAGCACGAGCUGAACGAUCUUAUCGAACCGCUGGCCAAGCUUAACUCACACAUCACCACAUCGCCAUCGAGACAGCAACAGUCGACGCUGCGGCCAAAGGAGCUGGCUAAUCUCUCAAGCAGUGCCACCACAUCACCAACAACGCCGGGUGCAUUGACCAAUUGCAAUAACAUUAGCCCGCCUUCAUCGCAUUUGAAUAACUCGAUGCAUAAUGCCAAUUGGAACAGCGAUUCAUGGGCCGAUGGCGAGUUCGAGCCCUUUGAUGAGCCCGGAUUAGGCAAUAGCAAACUAGACGAGGCGCGUCGCAAACGCGAGGAGAAGAAGAUGCAACGUCAGCGGGAAUUGGAGGCACGUCGAGCGCAGCGCGCCACUGGCCCAUUGAAAUUGGGCGCCAAAAAGCUUUAAAAGGAUUUACAGAACCCAGCAAAGUGCUUGCAAUUUUUACCAUUGUAUAUUUAUUAGCUCUUAUUCCAAAAUUGUAAGCCUAAAGUGUAUGCAUGUAUUUGUAUAUCGGUAUGCGUGUGUUUCUCUCCUUAGCUGUCUGUGUGAGUGUACUUGUGUGUGUGUGUGUGUGGGAGUGGGAGUGGGUGUGCUAAAGUUUGCAUUGAAUGCAGUCUUGAUGUUCAAAUCUCCAUUUCGAUUUUCUGCCUAUAAGCGCAAUAAAUUUUCAUACUUGUAGAUAAGUGAAAUGCUGGUACGAUAUUAUUUAAGCAUUGAAAUUUUCUAAAAACUCGAAAGCUUAAUACAUAAAUAUUUAAGCAUUCUUAAUAACUAAAUAAAUUUUAUUUAACAGCAGGAACCUACAACUAGCUAGUAAAUAAUUUCAAAUUUUUACCUUAGUAAGCCAAUAACUAAAAGAUUAACGAUAUGCAAAAAAUUGACAAGUAUAUCGGAGAUUUGACUCGAUCUACAAGGUUUAAAGUGAACAUUGAAAUGUUGUAGUUUGAGAUAUCAUCAUCCUACGAAAUCUAUUUGGAUAACAUGGUAAUAUCGAAUGGCAUUGUCUCUCUUUAUGAAUCUAUGUGUAUGAGUGUGGUUAUUUAAAAAAUUUAAUGCAAUUCAAUUCAAUCUGUGUGGUGUAUGCAUGAUGUUGUGUGUAUGUUGAAAUAAAAAGUCCCUAAGAUAUUUGCUCAGCCAUUUUCAGAGUUAAAACGAAUUAGUAUUCCAGAUUUGACUUUCUAGGAACGCUGUACAACAAAUGUAAACGCGUUUUUGCUGUACGAGUAUAGCAAAACUAAAGUAAAGAAUGUGAAUUUUAAUAUAUAUACAUAUAAAUAUAUAUUGUAUUUUUAUAUAGUACCUAAACACAAUAAACAAAAAACACAUAAAACAAAACAUGAAAACAACCGCAAGCAAUUAUCAAACGAAAUAAUUUGUAAGCUUUUUCAUAUUACAAUUUGUACGUAGUAAAAAUUGCACCUGUUAUUGCCUAUGUUGCCAUAUAGGAACAAACUCCAAAUUAGAAUACCGAAAGGUCGAGAAGGAAUUUGGUAAAGAAAACAAUUUUUUAAAUGUGAAUUUUCCCACUAACAGCACCAAGCGCAAACCAUUUUUUGCAUCUCAAAGUUACAUAACAAAUACCUUACCUUACCUUAUAUUAUAGCCUGUAUAUAUACAACACGGCAUACGAAUACAUAGGUACAUACAUACAUAACAUAUACGCCGAUUUUUUCCAAUACCUCAAUAUCAGUGUACAAUUUUUCCAUAUAUAUUUUUUAAUACCCACAAAAAAGAAACGAUAACCGAUAAAAAAAAAAAAAAAAAAAAAAUAACAACCGAAAAUACGGAAAAAUGUUAAAUUUUGAAAUCUGAUUGUUGUCGCCGCGUCAGUUGUUUAUGAAUUGGUACAUAUUUCAAUUUAUCAGCAACAAGUAAAAGUAAUGCUACUUAGUCCUA